CUUUGAGGUCUUUAUCUGUUUAGUUCUUCAAGAUGGAAAACAAAAAAAACCUUAUGACAGGAGUCCACCUCUGAGGCUGAAAUGUGUGGCAACGAGAUCAAGGCCCUUGGCAAAAUCGUUCAUCUUCGGGGAAGCAGUGGGGGCGGAAUGGUCGUCUCUCAACUACUGUAUGCUGACCGAUGGUAAAGCUGUUUACUUGUUGGUUCUGCCGGAGGGAAAAGAAGAUAAAGUGUUUUUUAACCAGACCUAUGUCUUCAAACACCUCGUCAUCAAAGACACGCGGGCAUACUUCAACGACACAGUGUGCUACAAGUCUUACGAGAUGGCUGUGAGUCCCGAGAUCCUCGACCAAGCUGCCAAACUACUGCUUCCCCCCUCCAAACCUGUCAAAGCAGCAGAGAUAAACACGUCAGCAUCUCAGUACCUGACUGUCGAAGGACAGGUUAUCUCAGUCGGUGCAAUUCGCCAAGUACGCCUGAAGGAUGUCCCAAUACCCAUCCUCGAGCUAUAUUUGCAGGACGCAGACGUAGAGCUCGCUGUUUCCUUGUGGAGAGAGAUGGCGUUAUCAACGAUUGUUGUUGGUGAUUCGGUCAGGAUUUCGCACCUGAGGAAGCCCACCAACACUGCCUACGGGUUUAAAUUAAAUACCUCCACAUUUACAACAGUUACAAAAAUACAAUCAGAAGUCUCCACUGUGGAGGUGACACUGAUUGGGGCCGAGGUGGGGGAGACUGGUGCCAAAAUGUUAAUGGACACAGGGUUGGAGCUGCAGGUCCCACUGACAGAUUGGAGGGGGACAGAGCAGGAGUUUUUGGAGAGGCUCCCCCUCAAGCUGACUCUGGACAUCAUGGGGGAUUUCAUCACAUCUGCCCAUAAGCUUUUUGAGGAGGUGUGGGAACAGGGGGAGGCCGAAGACCUCGGCGUGGAUGCAGAGGAAGGGCUGGAGGGGCUGGAGGAUUUCUAA